AGUAGUUUUAUAGACAGUCACCGUCUCACCAUUUUUAAUAGUAGCCUAGCUCUGACCCUCCUUUUCACUCGCUCUCUCUCUCCUGCCUUCGAUAUAACAUGAAUUCAGCAGCUACUAAUAUCGUCGUUACAGCUCCAAGCCUGUCUCCAGUCGGGACCUUUCCACACUUGACCUUUAAGUAUUCUCCAGCCCCGGGAACUCUCCAUCAUUCUCCCAUCGCCGCUGGCUAUCAUUUCUCUCCUUACUCCUUCCCUCCUAUCUACCUGGACACCAAGCCAGACUCCUUUAGCCCUGUCUUCCUACAGCAGCAACCCACCAAUGGAGGGAGUUCUUCUGACGAGGAGAAGCAGCAAAAUGGCAGUACCCCUGACCUCAUCGCUACUCCUCCAGCGCUUGCAGUUGGACCUGCCAUUUAUGCACCUUCUUCAGCUCCCGUCCCUCCUCCUCCUUCUGCUACUGAUAAACCAGCUAAACACAAGGAGCAACUCGUUCCUUCAGCCGUCCUAACGGAGAAUCAGCUCUGGAAAGCUUUUGAUACUGCUGGGAACGAGAUGAUAGUGACUAAGCCAGGAAGGCGUCUCUUUCCAACCAUCUUAGUAACAGUCAGUGGUCUUGUCCCCACUAUCCAGUACUCUAUCAUGGUUCGUUUUGUGUCUGCCGAUAAAUAUAGACACAAAUACAUCACUGGUCAAUGGACUGCGGUCGGUGAGUCUGACAUCAUUCAUGAUGAGUCCAAGAUGCUCUUCAUUCAUCCGUCCUCACCUUGCUAUGGAGAGAUGUGGAUCAAGAAACCGAUUAGUUUCAAAUCCAUUAAGAUCACUCAUCACAGCGAAAGUCAAAAUGGCAAUAUUCUGCUCCACACUAUGCAUAAGUACAGGAUU